AUGUCAGCAAAAGUGUUAGCCUUGAAAAGCCCUUGUGAUAAGGAUACUACUGAGGCAUCCCCUCCUGUAGACAGUGCGCUAGUCGCACCAACAGACAAAAUGAAGAAUAUUUUUCCCGAAAAGAUGUUUGAGCGCUCCCUUUUCUCCUGUAAAUUAAUGCCCCUCGAGUCCCAGUCCGAUACGCCCGCAUAUAAACGCCAGGCUGUUGAGUCAUCUGCGCACCAUCGCGCCGCCACCUCCUUUGUCUACAAAACCCGUGCACCCCGACGUGGUACUUGUUUGGUCAUUUCUGUGGACACAUUUAAGGCAGCACUCGGUCUUCCUAGUCGACCAGGUGCUGAUGUGGAUCUGAAAAAACUCGAGGAUACUUUUCUUUUUCUGGAUUUCGAUGUCAAAACAUAUCAAAAUCCAUCUGCCACCCAAAUACUCUCUAUCGUAGAAACGGAAUCAUCUGCGAAUCAUGCAGACGCUGACUGUUUUGCGUGUGUCAUUCUAACUCAUGGCGAUGAUGCUGGUUCGAUCUACGGAACAGAUGGUCCCGUCCCCUUGGAUCAAGUCAUUCAUCCCUUCCGUGGGAAUACCUGUCCAUCCCUCGCUGGAAAACCGAAAAUGUUUUUCAUCCAAGCCUGUCGAGGCGCAAUGUUGGAUUCAGGCACGCUGGUGUCGACAGACAGCUCCGGCGGACCAGGUGACUCGGACACUCUCGGCGGUCUCCGACGCAUCCCCAUUGAGGCUGACCUCCUUGUGGCCUAUGCCGUCCAACCUGGCAACUUAGAAAUAACGCGAGUAAUCUCCAACUCUACCUCAUUCUCCUUAGGCUACUACGCCUUUAGGAACUCGGUGCACGGUUCGUGGUUCAUCCAGGCGUUGAACAACUGCCUGCGCAAGUACGGUCGCAUUCUCGAUCUGAUGUCCAUAAUGACUCGGGUGAACUAUGAGGUGGCCUUCGAGUUCGAGUCGUUGGCCUCCACAGCAGCGUACUCGGGCAAGAAGCAGGUGCCCUCGAUCGUGAGCACUCUCACCAAAGACGCGUCUAUCUUCUACGUUGCAACAGUCGUCAAGGUGAUGUCUGCUGUUCCUAAUGACUUGCGUGAAUUACGAGGUGACCUUUGGGUUCGAUGCGUUGGUGUUCAGCGCAGCAUUCUCUUGGGCAAGAAGCAGGUCCUCUCAAUACGUGCCAUCCGAACUCAUCGUGACGACGGGGGUUCUAUCUACGGAUUAGACGGUACCAUCCCCCUAGAUCAGAUCAUUCAUCACUUCCGUGGAAAUCCCCGUCUAUUCCUCGUCGGAAAAUUAAAAAGAGUUUUCCAGAUCCCGAAAUUUUUUGAUAAGAUCAAGUAUGAAUGGCUGAUAUCACCUUUUGGUGAUCAGGCUCGAGAGGAAAGCUCGCCUUACAAUUUAUUUGCUUACCCUAUUCAAGGGCAUUCGAGACGGACAGGCAAGCAGGCAAAACGUGUGAUGCGGAAUUUCGCCCGUUACCAGGAUGUGGAAUCCAGGGUACUGGGUCUUGCUAUCGCAGCACCACUCGAGACCUAG